AUCGUCCGACGCUCAAGGAGAGAGAGAGCGCAGUUGUUGGCUGCAGGUCGCUGGGAGAGGGACGCACACAGCGGCUCAGGACACAACAGUGGAACCCGUUUCUUUUCUGUCUCUGCUGCUCAGAGUUCAUGUCUGACUCUCCUCGUAUCUCUACCUGGCUUUAUCAUCAACUUGCGGAAUACAAACGCCUUUGAAGAAUCAGUUUGAAAGGGACAGACGGCCCUCUCAGCCCCCUGCCCACACCCCAGUGAUGCUUAGCUGCUGUAUCCCAGAGGCCCAGCAUGGCAGCUAGAGGAGAGGUUGCCACCAUGACAUCGUCCUCACAGGACUACAAACCUUCGUCUAUGGCCGGGCUCUUCCUUCUCCUCUUCCUCCUCGUCCCAAAUGUCGUUACGCAGAACUCUGCUGUACCUACGACCCCAACCCCGUCACUGUUCGACCCCAUGAGACAACCAGAGUGCACGAAGAAAGAACAUCCAAAGGUUUCCAUCCAAGCUCUCAGUCCGUGGAUCUCCUCCUUCUCCCACCCCGGCGUGAGAGACUAUUCCCAGCUCACCCUUGACCUGACUAGGAAUGAGCUUAUUGUGGGUGCCAGAAACUUCCUGUUCAGACUGGACCUCAGCAACAUGUCGCUGAUACAGGCGACAGAAUGGGCACCGGACGAGGAAACCAGGAGGUCCUGUCAGAGCAAAGGCAAAACAGAGAUUGAAUGUCAGAACUACAUCAGAGUCCUGCUAGUGAACAAGACUGAGGUCAUGACGUGUGGUACCAACGCUUUUCAGCCGCUUUGUAUAAGCCGAGAGGUGGGCAACCUGAGCAGCAUGCUGGAGCGGGUGAACGGUGUUGCACGCUGUCCAUAUGACCCACGCCAUAACUCCACAGCGGUGGUGACAGAGAGCGGUGAGCUUUAUGCAGCCACCGUCAUCGACUUCUCCGGACGUGACCCCGUCAUCUACCGCAGUAUGGGCGGGAUGCCUCCUCUCAGGACGGCGCAGUACAACUCCAAAUGGCUCAACGAGCCCCACUUCAUCUCCGCCUACGACAUCGGCCUCUUCACCUUCUUCUUCCUGAGGGAGAACGCAGUGGAGCACGACUGCGGGAAGACGGUGUAUUCCCGUGUGGCGAGGGUCUGUAAGAACGAUAUCGGGGGACGAUUUCUCCUGGAGGACACGUGGACCACGUUCAUGAAGGCGAGGCUCAACUGCUCCCGCUCCGGAGAGAUCCCCUUCUACUACAACGAGCUGCAGAGCACCUUCUACCUGCCCGAGCAAGACCUCAUCUACGGCAUCUUCACCACCAAUGUCAACAGCAUCGCAGCGUCCGCAGUGUGUGCCUUCAACCUGAGCGCCAUCACGCAGGCCUUCAACGGGCCCUUCCGCUCCCAGGAGAAUCCACGCUCCACCUGGCUUCCCACACCCAACCCCAUACACAACUUCCAGUGUGGUACAAUAAAUGAUGAAGGUCCAAAUGAGGGUUUGACGGAGCGUAGUCUGCAGGACGCCCAGCGACUCUACCUGAUGAAUGAUGUGGUCCAGCCGGAGUCUGUCGAUCCGCUGGUCAUGCAGGAUGACGUUCGGUUCUCCAACCUGGUCGUGGACAUCGUUCAGGGCAUGGACUCGCUCUACCAUGUGAUGUACAUCAGCACAGAAUAUGGCACCAUCUUAAAGGCGCUGGCUACGCCCAAUAAGAACCUACAAGGAUGCUACCUGGAGGAGAUGGAGCUUCACCCAUCAGGGAUACGGGAACCGAUCCUGAGCCUGCAGAUCCUGCACAGUGACAGGUCUCUGUUUGUGGGGCUCAAUGACAGAGUCCUGAAGAUCCCGCUGGAGAGGUGCUCUACCUACAAAACUGAGACGCUGUGCUUGGAGGCGAGAGACCCCUACUGUGGCUGGGACUUCAGGCAGCGCAGAUGCACCACUCUGGAGGACAGCUCCAACAUGAGCCAGUGGAAGCAGAACAUCACUGUGUGCCCGCUUCGGAAUCAAACCACCGAUGGCGGCUUCGGACCCUGGGCGCCGUGGCAGCCUUGCAACAACGAUGACGGUGUGGACGGUGUGAGCUCCUGUUUGUGCCGCUCCAGGUCUUGUGACAGCCCGGCUCCUCGAUGUGGGGGCAAAAACUGUCAGGGCCCCACCAUUGAGGUGUCCAACUGCUCCAGAAAUGGAGGCUGGACGCCCUGGUCGUCAUGGGGACAGUGCAGCACAACCUGCGGCACGGGCUUCGAGCUGCGCCAGCGUUCCUGCAACAACCCUUCCCCCAGGCACGGAGGUCGUGUGUGUGUGGGACCCAGCAGGGACGAGAGGUUCUGCAAUGAAGGGGUGCCCUGUCCUCAGCCGAUCUUCUGGUCCCCGUGGGGCUCCUGGACCAAGUGCAGCACUGAGUGCGGAGGAGGCGUCCACUCCAGGGUCCGAACCUGUGAGAACGGGAACAGCUGUCCAGGAUGUGCACUGGAGUAUAAGGCCUGUAACCUGGAGGCGUGUCCCGAGGUGAAGAGGAACACACCCUGGACCCCCUGGAUGCCGGUCAAUGUGACCCAGGGCGGAGCUCGUCAGGAGCAGAGGAUGCGCUACAUGUGCCGAGCCCACCUGUCUGAUCCCCACGAGCUGCAGAUCGGACGCAAGAAGGUGGAGACGCGCUUCUGUCCCAAUGAUGGCACAGCAGCCUGCGAGACAGACACCCUUGUGGAGGAGCUCUUGAAGACACCGGUUGUGAGGGUGGCGGGUGCCAGCUGGGCCUCAUGGGAGACCUGGUCUAGCUGCUCGCAGAGCUGUGCCAAAGGUUACCGGACCCGGCGAAGAUCCUGUUCUGGACCAGAAGGGAAGAGCGCCCCUGUCGCAUGCCGUGGCUCACCUGUGGACUAUCAGGAUUGUAAUGUGCAGGCGUGUCCUGUGAAUGGUGCAUGGGGCUGCUGGUCAUCCUGGUCUCAGUGCUCGGUGGAUUGCGGCGGCGGUCACUACCAGCGCACACGCACCUGCAACAGCCCCGCCCCUUCCAUUGGUGGAGACAUCUGCAUAGGACUACACACUGAAGAGGCCCUGUGUAACACACACACCUGCGAUGGUGGCUGGAUGGCCUGGUCGCUGUGGUCAGCCUGUGAUGAUUCAGGCUUACAGAUGAGGAGCCGGGUGUGUGGUGCUCAGGGAAGCGUCCCCUGUGUGGGGAACAGCACUCAGAAGAGAGACUGCAAUGAAAUACCUGUCAUUCUCCCUGCAUCUGGUUUUGAUAAGGACCAACACUGUGGAGCAUUCACCUCCAUCCACCUAAUUGCCACUGGCGUUUCCUGUUUCCUCGGGGCGGGGCUGCUGUCCUUCCUGAUCUACGUCUACUGUCAGCGUUUCCAUAAGCCUUCGCAGGAGUCUGCCAUCAUUCAUCCCACCACUCCGAACCACCUCAACUACAAGGGCAACACUACGCCAAAGAAUGAGAAGUACACGCCCAUGGAGUUCAAGCUACUUCAGAUCAAGGGUUACCAAACUUUUCUGUCCAAGACCCCCAAUAUAAUGGUGUCAGAGACUGGCGACCCCCCGACUCUCCCACCAGACACUGAACAAGAACAAUCUGCUGCCAGAUGAAAGAUCAAACUUCUUCCCGACACAGCUCCCGCAGACGAACGUCUACACAACCACCUACUAUCCCACGGCGCUUGGAAAAUUCGACUACCAGCCCAACUCCUCCCCGUCGCCAUGCAGGACCUACAACAACAGUAACAACAGCUGAGACACGCCCCAAAAACUGUAACUCCCAAUCCCCAUGCCAGCACCCCGUAAAGGACACCAACAGAGAGCCACGGUGACAUAACUGAACCGACGUGACUGACGUGCUUUCCAAAGCCCGGCCAGGUUUUUUUCCUUUCACCAUCGCCCUUCUUCUCGCUCCCAUAGUCUCUUCCACGUGGUUGGAUUUGUUUCUUCAAGGGCAUUUCUGAAACUUUCCAUCAGGAGAUGUGGGUUUGGAUAACAAGGCCCAGGUCCUGGUGCAGUCAAGGACUUAAGCAACCAACCGAGAGGGGGGUGUUAUCCUAAGAGCUUGACUGGAUAUAGCAGUGUCAACUCAGAGGUUCAUGCUAGGAAAACUUUAACAGAACGAGGUCUGCCUCCACGCACAUCGCUGUUCCCAGAGCAGUUCAGCACAGGUGCUGAAUGGAGCGCGUUUCUGGAGGAAAAACAUUCACAUUUUUAAUAAUUUCUCUGGAUCUGGGUCACUGUUUCAUGCCUCUCCAUUACCAACGACAUUGUCAGCCUGUAAUGAACUUUGAAUCCCCAGACAACAAAGCAGUUACUGAGAACAAACAGUGCAUAUUGUCAUGUCCUUGCCCGCACGGCGCAGUGGGACAGAACAACAACAAAAGAGAGAACUCAAUGAGGUCGAUGAUAAAGUAAAUUAGAGAUCAAUAUCAGCUUAUUUGUUAGAGGCGGAUGCACGCCCUCCAUUGUUGGUAUGCCACGUGACGGGAAGAUAAUAACCUCGGAGUUGAUUAAGUUUUUGGACAGCUGGUUGGAGGAGUCUCUACUCUUCAGCUUGAGUCGGAGAAGGUUUUCUAAACGAGUCACACGCCGUUAACGGACAAGGACGUUCACUGGAGCGAGGGGGGAUCUGAGAGAAGCAGUCUGAACUGUACAUAAAGCUUUGGGAAUGCCUUGGGUGCCUGUAUGCAAUAGAGGGCAGGGGCGAGGUUUGUUUUCUUCUAUUUCCUUUUUAUUUUCGAAGAACAAUAAAAGACUUCUGAAAGGGAAUUAAUUGAUUCUCCAAUUGAUUCUCCAAGAGAUGCAUUGAAUCUACUGAGUGCUAAAUAGCUCAGUGGUCAUAUCAAAUAUGAUCAGUGUGCUGAACAACUGGAUUGGGUUUUAUAUGAUGAUAGAAUAAGCUAGUAGACUGGCACUUGUUCUUUUUUUAUCUUUGUUUUUUAAGAUGUUUGUUUUAUUCUCAGACAAGCCGUAGCAUAGGAGCAAAUAUUUUUGUUUAUUAAGAUAUAGCUGAAAAAUUCUUCUUUCUCUAAUUUCACUUCACUUGAAUGAUUGCAUUUUUUUUUUUCCAUUUUUGUCAAGUUUCAUAAGUUUGUCAUUGCAUCUCUGAUACGUGACAUGUUAACACAAAGAUAAAAUAAUAAAAAUUAAUACUAUGUUUUUUUUUUACUGUAAAGAAACAGCAUCCAUUGACCUGCUUGAAAAAUAAAAAAAAAAUCAUGCUUGCUAAGAAGUUUGCCUGGGAGCAGAUCUUACUGAGCGCAUGUGUGUGUGGAUGAGUACAUGAAAAUAAACAUGCACUCUGUGACUGUGUGUCUGUACUCCUGAUUGACCUGAUUGGGGGGUUGGUGUAUUUUGUACAAUGUAAAUGGUUUCAUACAUAUGACUAUAUAUUAGGAGGUCUGUGAAGGCGAUCUGUUUGUGCUUUUUGUUUUUUCUCUCUCCACAUUCUGUCGCUGACACUCCAGGCGUUCUACUGUUUUUCUAUAUUUCAUGUAUGAGAUGUUAAACAUUGUAAGUUAAAGCAUCCUCGCACUUCUGGUUCCUGCAGAGGUGAAGCAGACACUAUUUAUAGUCCAAGCUUGGUUUAUAAAGGGCAUUUUCACAGCUAUAUUUUAUUAUUAUUAUUACUAUUGCCUGAUCGAUAAAUGCUAACCCAGCAAUGCUUUUCAGUUCGGCUACUGUACAUGCACGAGAUGAGAGCUCUAUCUGUAUAUAAGAGCAACAGCCUUGUGCAGCCCGUUUAAUGACCCUGCAGAGGAUCCUGUAAAUGUAUCUGUAUAUUGUAUAGCUAACACUGUUUGUUUAAAAAAGCCUUAUAGUUGUUUUAAAAAAAAGUGCAGCAGCUAAGUACACACCAACCAUGAGGUUUGUUUGGGGGCAGAGCUCCAUGAUGUGACCAACCGCCUGUGGCUUCUGACCGGCCCCAGCUGCUCAAACAUCAAAUUUCCAGAGACACAUGAACCCUGGCUCAAAAAUAUCUCUGUGUAGCAAUGAAAAUGAGAGUAUCAAAUAAUACUGACAUCAAAUAAGUCGCAUAAAUAGACGAAUGGAAUACAGAUGAAGCUGUUUUAAUGUUAACUUUAACUUCGUGGGUCUCGUCUGAUUGGUCACUUUUGAGCUCUGUCCCCUGCGAUGUGAGGCUCUGUGCCCUUCUAUGCAACUUACCAGGUGUACUGUUAGACCUGUCAUGUAGACUGUAAUCACUGCCUUUUAGACACUGUGAAUUUUUGGUACCCUAUAUUUUUGUAUAUUGUACAUUAUAAAAGGAUAAUAAACCUUGAUGCCAACACAAGGCUCUGUCACA